UCUCUUAAGAGGGCGCAGUCUAUACUUGUGAGCUACGUGCCGUUUUGUCGCAUCUCGUCGCGGGAGUGCGAUCGUGCGUGCGUUCACAUUACGGACACAUUGUGUGCGAAAUGUAAAUAAUAAACGAGGUACUGGGCCGUUAAACAGAAAGAUUGGCCAGGCCUCCGUUUAUUUUCGUGCGGCAACGUGUCAGUGAGUGUCCCCCACAUGAAUUACCGGUGAUACGUUUCUGACAGCGUGUUCGCAAUGGCCGAUGAGUCCUCUGCGUUGCCGAAGAGGCGGCAAUUGCGUGAAAGAACUAAAAAGCUAUACACCGACGACUGGACUCUCGGCGACGAGGAGAUCGAGGGUCGUAGGACGUUCCAGCUCGAUGAGAAGAUCGAGUGUGAAAGGUACGACCUGAGCAACUUCAGCGGCCUCUUCCGAGAGAUGAAUGGCUCUGAUUUGAACUUGGCGUACCUACAAAAGCAUGGGCUACAAAUACCAUUGCUGUUCAAAGAGAUGUCAGGAUUGGGGCUGCGUGUGCCCAGCACCAAUUUUUCAGUCAAUGAUGUGAGAACAUGUGUUGGUUCGAAGAGAAUACUGGAUGUAAUGGAUGUUAAUACUCAGAAGAAUGAAGACAUGACGAUGAAGGAUUGGCAAAAAUAUUACGAGGAUCCCAACAAAGAGCGACUAUUGAAUGUGAUCUCCUUAGAAUUUAGUCAUACCAAGUUAGAGAAUUACGUACAGUCACCUGCACUAGUACGGCAAGUUGAUUGGGUAGAUGUGGUAUGGCCAAGACACUUGAAAGAUGCUCAGGUGGAAUCAACUAACCUUCUAGAAGACAUGAUGUAUCCAAAAGUACAGAAGUACUGUUUGAUGUCAGUGAAGGGAUGUUAUACUGAUUUUCAUGUCGACUUUGGUGGUACUAGUGUAUGGUAUCAUAUUCUGCGUGGUGGUAAAAUUUUUUGGCUAAUACCACCGACUGAGAAGAACCUGGCACUCUAUCAAGAAUGGGUGUUAAGUGGCAAACAAUCUGAUGUAUUCUUUGGUGAUAUGGUAGACCGAUGCGGCAGAAUAACUCUAACAGCUGGUAUGACAUUGUUUAUACCAACUGGUUGGAUUCAUGCUGUAUACACUCCUCAGGAUUCUCUAGUAUUUGGUGGAAACUUUCUGCACAGCUUUGGCAUAGAAAAACAAUUGAAAGUGGCACAAGUAGAAGAACACACCAAAGUGCCGCAGAAGUUCCGCUAUCCAUUCUUCACAGAAAUGUUAUGGUAUGUUCUCGAACGAUAUGUGCAUGUGCUCUUGGGCAGAAGUCACCUAGAAAUAGCUGAAUCGCAGAAACAACAUUCAGUACCAUCACAGCAUCAGCACUUACACAUAACUCCAUUUGAAUUACAUGGUUUGAAAGCAAUAGUUAUGUAUCUACAUUCUUUGCCGUCAACGAAGAAAAAUGUGCCGGAACUCAUACGCGACCCUGUUGCCUUGAUCCAUGACGUGCGCUGUUUGGUGGAGAAACAUCGACACGACAAUCCCGAAGCUGCUGUAACAGGAAAUGCUGUAUUACCACCGCCACCACCACUCACUAUUGCCGACAGGGAACGGCUAAGAGUGGCGCGGAAAGGUUUUGUAAAGAUACCAAGGCUCCCAUCAGAGAAGUCCGAGAGAGCGUUUCCGCGUAGAAGACGCACCAGAUGUAAGAAAUGCGAAGCUUGCACCAGGCAGGAUUGUCGAGAGUGCGUCUACUGUCAAGACAUGGUAAAAUUCGGUGGAACUGGUCGCGCUAAACAAACAUGCCUGAUGCGCCAAUGCCUGAGGCCUAUGUUGCCGGUUACAUCAGCUUGCAAAAUCUGUCAAUUGGACGGUUGGAGACAACCACCAGCACCGUUAAUGGGUAAACCAAUUCCCAAUAUACCAUCGAAGUUAAUGGAAUGUUCGAUAUGCUUCGAUAUCGUACAUCCAGAAUGUAUAGGUCUGAAUUUCGAAGAGAUAACAACAGUUAAUGACGAUGUACCGAAUAGUUGGGAGUGUCCUGAGUGUUGUGAACGGGGUCGAAAUCUUGAUUAUCGGCCCCGUCAACCAAAAUCUCGCUCGCGGAAGCUGUCAGUAUCGAGCGCAGGAUCAUCGGCACCAACCUCGGAUUCUGAACGAGCUACAACACCGAAUAAACAACCAAGGAUGGAGGAGGUAAACGAUUCCCCCGCAGAAGCAGCUGAUAAUGAACGAAGAACAAUUAUGCGCAACCACUUGGCAAUGCAAUUGAUCGCCGGAACCAGCAGAAAUCUAAUCAGGCCGCACGUAGUAGUUAGACCUGCGCCACCACCACCUAUUCCGAGAUCGGAUGAAGACGUAUCAAAUCUGGCGUACGAUAAGACAGUGACGCUUUCGGUUUUUCGAUACCUUAGCGUAAGAGAUCUGUUUAAUUGUGCCUUGGUCUGUCGUACCUGGGCAAGAUAUAGCAUAGAUUCCAGUCUAUGGAAGAAACUCGAUAUGUCACACAUCCGCUUGGAACCUUUGCAUUUGACUUUCAUUGUACGCAGACAACCGGAGAAUCUUAAACUCGAUUGGACCAACAUUAACAAAAAGCAGUUGAUUUGGUUACUAACCAGACUACCGCAAUUACGAACAUUAUCUCUUCAAGGUUGCGCCUGGACUGCAAUUGGCGGUUUGAGAACCUGUUGCUGUCCACCUUUAACGAUGUUGGAUCUGAGUUACGUUACCGGAUUAAACGAUGCUAAUCUAAACGAGGUUCUGAGUCCACCAACGGAUUCGCGACCUGGUCUCAUCGACAAGACGUCGCGACUGAAGCACCUCAAACAUUUGUUCCUAGCCGGAUGCGAUAUUACUGAUCUCGGGACUAGAUACAUAGUCGAGCAUCUGCCGUGCCUCGAAAGUUUAGACUUGUCCUCAUGCGGUAGGCUUACUGACUUGGGUGUGGCGCAACUAGCAACACAGAAGCUGCCAAACUUGACAUCGUUAAACCUAGCCAGCUGCAGACUACUUACUGAAACUACCUUGGAUCACCUGGAACAAUGUAAAGCAUUGAAACAUUUAGACUUACGACACACCACUCAAGUAUCGACGCAGGCCGUCAUCAAGUUCGCAGCAAAAAGCGAGCACAACCUACAUGUGACAGAUGUGAAGCUGGUGGAGGAGAAAUCGGAAACCGAGGCCGUAGCAACAUCAUGAAAAGGCCUCAUGUGGUACUCGCACGUAUUAUUGUUCAGUGCAAUCCGGUUCUGUUACUAAUGCACAUAGAAACCAUCGUUUGCGAGCGAACCGCAAUUGUGGGCAAAAAUACUUGCGAUUAGUGAGGAUUAAUUUUACACAAAAGUAUGUGUACAUGACGUGCAUCAUUACAUGAUGUGGACCUGACUAGCAUAAGAUUUCUAUUGCGGUGACACUCACCUUCUACCGACAUGAGGCCAAACGCUGUCUUGGCAAAGAUGAUUUUUUUUGCAACUUGUAUGUUAUUCUUGUUCUAAUUACGGAAGUUAUGUACGUUUGACUGAUUGAAUUGUACGAUCCUUUUAAGUUACACUGUGCUUUAUACUAAAUAUUUUUUGCCUGAUAGUAAAAAUUAUUUCCGCCCUUUGUAUAUCGCAUAAAAUUUAGUUUCACAUUGUUUGUCUUAUAAAUAUUGCGAAGGGAAUAACGUUGAAAACUCAUCGAAUUUUUUUAACAUAUCGUCUUCAACUAAUUACGAUACUUUUACGAAGAAAUCAUCUGUUAUUUUAUUUCUUCCUUUAUUUUGUUCAGCACGAGAUCAAGUCAGGUUGCUGAGAUAAGUCGUAUUCAUCAAGAUCCUACAGGAUGUACAGAAUGUCACGAUGUACGAAAAGGUACUGUAUAAGAACUUGAAUCGAAACAUUGUUGACCGACGACAGUAUUUUUCGCAUAGGUUGUGGAAAUUGAAAACUUACGUGCGCGUGCACACACGUGAGGAAAGUUAGUAUUUAUUUACAUGAAAUCUGAACAAAUCAUGAACGAGAGAAUAUCUCAAUUGUAAAAAUGAAAAAACUGCCUGAGACCACAGACAUAUACAUAUACAGUUUAUCCAUAAAUGCGCGACAAAUAUAAAUUAUACAAAAAUACACACACACAUACACACACUCGAUUGUACCAUUUCGCAGUGUUAGGUGAUCUCUAAAUGUCGCACGAAGACAGCAUGUACAUGUUUUGAAUUUUAAUCUUCGACCUAAGCUGCAUUUCGUAGGCGACGUAAAACAUUUUGUGUAAGCAGUUAUGUACAUAUACUUGCUUUUUUAUAUAAACGCACGUUUCAGUUG